AUGAGUUCAUCCUCGCAAGGAAUUGCUGGUGCUGCGGAAAAUUCCCGCCGCACGGCAACACCACCGACACGAAGUUCCCCUUCACCCCAGGCUACGCAGCCGUCUCCUACUGUGCCGUCCAGCCGUCCUGGCAGUUCUCAUGUAGCCCAAAAGCAGCCUUCGGCCAGUCAACUUAGUGCAAAGGCCAUGACUUCUUCCAAAAGCUUUGAGAACGCCAGGUCGUCGCGCGGCAGCCGUGACAGCCUAACAUCUCGUCCCUCGAAGACGCCGGAUGUACCACCCCCCCUUUCGAACGUGAAAGAAGAGCUCCUGAAGUUGCUUCAAGCUAAGAUUGAUGCCAUUCGGUCCAUCCUUACCUGCAAGAUAUGCUAUGGUCUGCUCUAUGAACCAUACACCACAACGUGCGGUCACACCUACUGCUAUGUCUGCUUCUGCAAAUCUUUCCAACCAAACCAAAUUCCAACCUGUCCGGAAUGUCGAGGCAAGUUGUCCAGUCCCCCUGCACCUGCCUACACCGUUCGAGAGAUGACACACGCGAUCAUUUCAUGCCAGGAGCUUUUGCCUGCUGGAGAAAGCAUGGACGAUCAUAAAACGUGGCAGAAGGAACAUGCCGACAUCGUCCAAAAGGACAGGGACAACAAAACUCCUGGCGGCAGUGGUCUUUGGCGCGGCUUCUUCCGAAAACGAAGGCCACGCUUGCAUCCAAUUCGGGACGCGGAAGACAACGUUGAUCGAUGUCCCUUUUGUACUUGGGAACUCGAAGACGGCAUGUGUAAUCGCUGCGGGCUUCCCAUUGACGAGGGCGGCAACGGCGAUUGGGAAUUCAGUGAUAUCGCUUCAGAGCACCCAAGCAUGAUGGGCGGUCAUGAUAUUGUCAUUGACGAAGAAUAUGACCCCGAAGAUGAUUAUUUGGACGAUGACGACGAAGAAGGCACCUGGCAGGACUAUGACGAAUACACUGAAGAUAUAAGCUGGGGUCAGCCAUUUGCUAUUCAGCGCAUGCUGGGUGGAUACACCCCGCGCAGACGGCGACUUGCGUCACAUAGUGCUGCAGGUAGCCGAAGUCGCUACUCCGCCAGUGUACACGAGUCGGAAAUGGGAACUUUGGAAGAGGAAGAUGAGGAGGAGGAUGAAGAUUCGUCCAUGAACGGUUUCGUCGUUGACGAUGAGGAAGCAAGUGGGUUUUCACGCGAGAGCACGUCUGCUUCGGAUUCGCAAUUCUCACAAAGCAUUGUCGAAGAGGAAGAUGACGUGGAAGAAGAUGAGGGACCUGUUGUUCCUGGAAGGCGACAUAUUCAGCAAACACAGUCCACUACAACUGGAGCGACAAGUAACACUCGCCGACGUUCACCAGAUAGACCGCAACUACAAGCGUCUCAAUCCAGUAGACGUCGGCGAGUCAUCUCUGAGUCGCCUUCAACGGAAUCAACUUCCUCUGCGUCGGCUGCGGCAGAGGAUGAGGACGAUGAAGGGCCUGUCGCACCCGUUAAUCGCAGAAGGCGAAGAGGUUUGAGUGAAGAUGGGCCAGUUCGAAAUGUGCGGCCGCGGGCUCUUGGAAAUUCAAUUGCCGACGAUGAGGACAAUGGUGACCCCUGGGGUGGCUACCGCCCCCUCGGAACACCGCAACUAGGUGAUGGGGAGGAUGAGAUGAGCGACGGUGGCAGGACAGAAGUUGGGUGGGAGCCGCUUGCACAUCCAGUUGAACGAUUACGGGACACCGGUUCUCUAACGCCUACUGCAGAUAGACCUUCGGCACCUCCAAGACCCGCGUCCAGGACCUCACCCUUCCCACUCGGAUCUCGUGGCAUACGCAGACGCAGCUCGAUCGUUUCGGUGGUUCAUUAUGAAGAUAACGAUGCAGAUGGUGAAUCGGAUACACAGCACAACAACACCUCUCCAGCACUACAACCCCGCCCGUCACGCACUAGACUUCGAAAUGCAGGACAACAAUCGGCAACGAACACUAGUCCCACGUCAAGUCGUACUAUUGACACAGAAGAUACGGACAGCGGUGAUACUGAAAUAUCACCACACAUCAGUCGACGUGGCGGUCUACGUCGAAGGAGAAGAGACUAUGACCCCCGCGUGAGCAUGCUUUUUGCGCAACAUCAAACUGAAAUGCAAACGACGGAGCCAGAAGGCCAUGUUUACGCCGAGUUUGAACAUCUUCGAGCAAUUGCUCGUACACCGAUUGCUAGACCCAGGACGGCAAACAGAAAUAGAAAUAGUGCAAAUGCCAUCCCAAAUGGCGUGCUCUCCAGCCCAACCUCCGCAACACGCAACAGCCAGCAUCUAUACAGUCCAACGCGCUUUCGGCCUCCGCCGGAUGCAGCUCAGUCCAAUAUCUCUGCCCCCCCUGUUUCUGGACGACAAGUUGGCGAUAGAAUUACGAAUUCUCCACGUUCAUCCAUCAGUGGGCCCUCAAUAAUAGGCGCUCCAACAAGAUUCCGUGGCGCGGUAGAUACCAACAAUCCGCGCAACAAUGAGAUGCCACCUCGAUCAGCAAACACGACCAACCACGCAGUUGAGUCGCGGGGACAGUCCAACGCACCAUAUCUCCGAGCUAUGCACAAUGCAACUAAUAUGACAAAUAUUUCCUCCACCCAGCAACCACGCCAAGUGGUACAAGGCAAUCCUAUUCAGUCUCCACGCUUUCCUCAAGUGAAUGAGAUCAUUGAGCGUCCUGCGAGUCGAACCACCUUCAGCUGGGAGCCGUCGAGGGUCAUUGACUCGCUCCCCCUUCGCGCCACCUCAGCUAGGGCCGCCGAGCGUUGGUCUAGAGACUUCGACGAGAGGGAUCAACCCAUACUUUACGUGGACAACCUUCCGUGCGCAUCAUGCGUGGCCAAUCACAACAAGUUCCACAACAAGUUCCACAACAAGUUCCACAACAAGUUCCACAACCCGAACAUGAUCAAGACUCACCUCAGAUGCGACCUCAAGCCUCCCGCAUGA